AUAUCUAGUUAUUGAAAAUAGUAAGCAUCCAUUGUUUUAUCCUCUCAUUCCAUGGACCUACACCGCAUAACUCAACCUUCCAAUUAAAAACUCUACUCAACAACAUGAUUCCCAAAAAACUUAAUCCAUAAAAACAACAAGAUUUGAGGAAAGGAAACAAGAGAUCAUCAUGGAGAUGAAGUUGCAGAGGUCUACGACGUCAUUUAGGAGGCAAGGCUCGUCAGGGUUGAUAUGGAACGACAAGUUUUUAUCGGGGGAUUUGAACCUAAUGAAAAAGCUUAACACCAAUCAAGGAAACCGAGGAUCAGUUGCGUUGAUGACGCGCAGCGGAUCCGAAGGACACAAUGGACGUAUGUCGGUAAAUGCGGCAUCCCCUACCAUCGAUCCUCCUUCUCCUAAGAUCUCAGGAUGUGGCUUUUGUGGGGUUCUUGGUAAACCGACCAAGAAAAUUGUCUCAAACAAACGAAACAAGAAUGAUGCAAGGGAGGGAGCACAAGCAACAAACUUAAAUGUUUCAUGAAUUCUGUAAUAAAAACGAGUUUUUCUUCCGGAGCUUUGUAUCGAGUUGUUUUCUUUGAUUCCUUUGUGUGUGUAUUUAUAUCUAUUAAUUCCUUUGUGUAGUUUUGUUGUUAAAGUUUUCAAUAUUUCUUAAAAUUUUGACACGAUUUAUAAUCUAUAA